GUUAUUGAUCUGAAACGCUUCCCUCUGGUUACAGCAAGAAGUGAAUUCAAUGGGGAGGUUCUCGUUCUUUCAAGCUGUGAUGUGUUUGAUAGUACUUUAUGCAGUGCCAGUAGCUCAAUCAUGGAGCAAGGAGGGCCAUAUACUGACCUGCAGAAUUGCUCAGGAACUGUUCCAACCGGAGGCAGCGGAAGCCGUCAAAAGCCUUCUGCCGAACUACGCCAAUGGUGACCUCUCGUCACUCUGCUCGUGGCCUGACGAGGUUCGGCGCUGGCCCAACUACCAGUCGAUGAGCUCCCUCCACUUCGUCAACACACCUGAUCAAGCCUGCACCUUCGAUUACUCGAGGGACUGCAAAAAAGAUGAGUGCGUUGUCGGUGCCAUCAAAAAGUUCACUUUGCAGCUGCUGCACUACUAUGUAAGGGCGGCAUAUCCUUACAACAUGACUGAAGCUUUGUUGUUCUUGUCCCAUUUCAUGGGAGACAUCCAUCAGCCCAUGCACGUAGGAUUCACCAGCGAUAAGGGCGGCAACUUCAUACAAGUGCUCUGGUUCAAGCACAAGACUAGCCUGCAUCGUGUAUGGGACAGAGAGAUACUUCGCGAGGCUCUGGCUGGAAAGGGCAUGGCUGCUUUCCAAGAAUACCUUCACGAAACCUUUAAGGAGGAAUGGAAAAGUGAGAAUUCAUCAUGGACCGACUGUCCCGAUCUCGUCUCAUGCCCGAAAAAGUAUGCUGCAGAAAGCAUACGCUUGGCAUGCGAGCAGGGCUACAAUAGAGUCCAAGAAGGGAUGAAUUUAGCUGAUGACUACUUCGAUUCAACGAUGCCCAUUGUGGCCGAGAGGAUUGCACAAGGAGGAGUCAGGUUGGCCAUGACUCUGAACAGGGUAUUCGGGGAGCACAAUCAAGCAAUACCAUCACCCUUUUAGAAGUUUAUGCUACCAGCUUACCAUGGGAUGAAAUAAGUAGUUCUUUCUAGUUUUCCAAUGUCUUUCCUUUUCUCUCAGAAAAUUAUAUUGCAUAUAAUUGGAGCAGAAAUAAAAUUGAGAGAUUCAAUUGCCUAA